CAACAAUAACACGAUCAGAGAUCUCCCCUAAAUUUCCGAAUAAACAAAUCUAAUCUAAUCUCGACCACUGGCUGGUGAAAUCCAAGGUGAAUUUCAAUGCCCACCUUCUUCAUCCACAUCCUCCAGUUCCCCUGUUUCGUCUUUUAUUAAACUCAGUCCUCACCGGUCUAUUCACCAACCAAGUCGAGACCUUCCAAGACCAUCGUACCCACUCACCAUCACUGUCCUUCCCACCCCCUCCAACAUCCCUGUACCACUGAUUACCUUAUUAAUUAAUUGUUUCAUAAAUUUUAUCAAUAAUAUUUUUAUCAUUGAGGUGUCGAAACUCUUUUCAUAUAAAGCCUGUCAUUCUGAACAGUGGAAACAGUUACAUCGGCCUCUGCUCAGCUCCUAUUGUUACAGAUAACCAAGAAUGUUACGAGCGUUGAAAUUGUUUAUACUAUUGGUUCUGGUAUCGGGACACAAGGACUAUUCGGAUGAUGACGAAUCGAUUGAGCGCUUGGAGUUCGAUGACGAGGAGCCAGUUCCGCCUCUUUCGGGGAUGCUUUACCCAAGGGAGAGUGAAUCGAGAGAAGUAAAGUCAUUGGACGGUCUAUGGGACUUUGCAAUAUCACCGUCUGAUGAUUAUCUCUCGGAAGUCCACCAUGAAUGGUACCAGGAUGAUUUAUCAAAGUCGGCCCCAGUGAUGCAGAUGCCUGUGCCCUCAUCCUACAAUGACAUAACGACCUCAAAAGCCCUCAGAGACCACAUCGGAGGCGUCUGGUACGAGCGUAAAUUUUUUGUUCCCCUUUCCUGGGAAGAUCAACGGGUUUUCAUAAGAUUUGGCUCAGUAAAUUACCUGGCCCAAGUGUGGAUCAACGGAAGAUUAGUGACAAACCACGAAAUGGGACAUUUGCCAUUCGAGGCUGAAAUCAACUCCUACAUAUUUUUCGGUGCUAAAAACCGAAUAACCGUUGCAGUUGACAAUAUCCUGUUGCAAACGACCGUACCCCAGGGUAAUAUUAAUAAAAUGGAGGCUGACAAUGGUACCACCUGGGUUCAGAGUUAUUCAUUUGACUUUUUUAAUUACGCGGGAAUUCACAGGCCAGUUUUGUUAUCAACAAGGCCCCGAGUCUACAUUUCCGACAUAACAGUAGAAACCUCAAUCUUCGGGGAAACGGGAAUCGUAAAAUACUCAGUAGAGGCAGCUGGCUAUCUCCCAACAGAAACCCCGAACUGCAGAGUAACUGUUCGAGAGGAAGACGGAACCCUAGUCACCUCAAGUGAAAUUUUCGAUUUCUCAGGGACUCUCAAGAUAUCAAACGUGAAACUCUGGUGGGCCCGAGGAAUGGGUGAAACCCCUGGUUACUUGUACACUUUCGAGGUUACCCUAACACUACCAAAUUCAGCAGUACAAGACGUCUAUCGUCUGCCAAUCGGUAUCAGAACGAUAAAAUGGAACAGUACGAGUCUUCUCCUGAACGAUAGGCCUGUCUACCUUCGGGGAUUUGGUCGUCACGAGGACUCGAUCAUCAGGGGAAGAGGACUAGACCUAGUUACCAUGACGAGAGAUCACGAAUUGUUGAAAUGGGUGGGAGCAAACGCAUACAGAACGAGCCAUUACCCCUACAGUGACGAAGUAAUGGACAUGGCAGAUCGCCAGGGUUUCCUCAUAAUCGACGAAUGUCCAGCAGUCGACACAGAAAAUUUCUCCUCUGGAUUACUAAAACGCCACAAGAUCUCCAUCUCCGAAUUAAUCCGUCGAGACAAGAAUCGUCCAUCAGUUGUGAUGUGGUCGAUCUCCAACGAGCCCAGGACAACUCAACCAGGAGCUGAUGGCUACUUCAAACAGGUCGCUCAGCACACAAAAAAUCUAGAUCGAACUAGACCCAUCACCAUCGCCCUGUCCACUAGUUACAUUCAGGACCAGGCAGGACAGUUUCUAGAUGUGAUAAGCUUCAACAGGUACAAUUCCUGGUACUCAAACGCCGGAAGACUGGACAUGAUAAUUGAUAGGGUGAUAGCAGAGGCCCAAAAUUGGCACGAAAAGUACAACAAGCCUGUCCUGAUGAGCGAAUACGGUGCUGACACAGUGUCAGGACUCCAUGAGUUACCUGAAUACAUCUGGAGUGAGGAAUAUCAGACAGCUGUUCUGUCCAAGCACUUUGAGGCUUUUGACAGACUGAGGGAAAAGGGCUGGUUCAUUGGGGAAUUUAUAUGGAAUUUCGCUGACUUCAGAACAGCUCAAUCGUACACGAGAGUCGCGGGAAAUAAAAAAGGAAUUUUUACGAGAAAUAGAGAACCAAAAAUGGCAGCUCAUCUCGUCAGAAGGAGAUAUCACGCCCUUGGACAGCGACUCGAUAGCGAGGAGCCCCCAGAGGAUUUAGAGUAUUACUCCGCUAGCUUCGAGAGACAUGAGGAGUUGUAAAUGAACAAAUUCCGCUGGAGUGUUUUUAAUUAGAAGAAUUUUUUUAAUGAGCUUUUUCAAGAAUUUUUGUAUGGCAGUGAUUUUCGGUAAUAAACGAUUUUGCAAUGAA